AUGGCAGAUUCCGACUUCAAGCUAUCCAACGUCCAGGGCGACAUCCUCGUCGGUCUCUCCAAGAAAACAGAAGUCUUCUUCUUCUUCCGCAUUACAGAUGCGACCGCCUUCAAGUCCCAGCUCAAGACCCUUGUUCCCCUGAUUACGACAGCGGACAAGGCGACGGGUGAGAAAGCGGCAAUUCGCGCGUUCAAGGCUUCGAGGGCACAUGGUGUAAAUGGGGAUGGGACGAAUGAGCUUGGUGAGAUCACGGGUGACGGGGACCUGUUGCCUAUUGCAGGGGUGAAUAUUGCGUUCUCGCAGAAAGGAUUGACUGCGCUCGGCAUCACGGAUGAUCUACAGGACCCGCUGUUCCGCGCCGGGCAGAGGAAGGACGCCCGUUCUCUUGCCGAUAAAGGUACAGGGGAAACUGACGAGGACUUCAAACCGGACUGGGAUGAGGCAUUUUUGCAAGACAGCCAAGAGAUCCAUGGCGUGAUCCUUGUCGCCGGUGACUCCUUCGGGUCGGUCAAUGGGAAACUGGAUGAGGUGAAGGCUACAUUGUCCGCGAAUGAAACAUCGUCAAUCGCCGAGGUGGCGACGCUGGCAGGUGAUGUUAGACCUGGGGAAUUCUCGGGACAUGAACACUUCGGGUACAUGGACGGUAUCUCGCAGCCUGCGCUGAAAGGCGUGGAUGACGUCGAUCCUAAGAAGCCCAAGCCGGGACAGAGUUUGAUCGACUUAGGCAUUGCAUUGCUUGGUCGCAGCGGAGAUCCUGUAGAGGGCCGUCCAGCGUGGGCAAAGGACGGCAGCUUUCUGGCUUUCCGCAAACUUCCACAGCUUGUUCCGGAGUUUGAUAGAUUCCUGGAGGAAAAGUCCAAGCCGAUCGCCGAUGACUUCGACGAUGCACCAACACCGGCUGACAUCCUCGGAGCCCGCAUGGUGGGUCGUUGGAAGAGUGGUGCACCACUUCGCAUCACACCGCUCGUUGACGAUCCCGUUCUCGCAGCUGAUGAUCAGCGCAACAACAAAUUCAAGUUCAACCCACAGUCCCAGGAGAUGUGUCCAUUCGCCGCACACAUCCGCAAGAUGAAUCCCCGCAAGGACCUCGACCAGUUUGCAACCGAACAGACCCCUGAUCUCGUUGGCCCCCACCUGAUACUGCGCCGCGGUAUUCCGUUUGGCCCUGAGGUCACGAGCGAGGAGAAGCUCACGAAGAGCACAAAAUACGAACGUGGACUGUACUUCGUGUCCUACCAGUCGAGGCUCGACCAAGGAUUCAGUUUCUUGCAGAAACAAUGGGCCAACAACACCAGCUUCCCGCCCGGAGAGAAUAAGAAACCUGGAUUUGAUCCUAUCAUCGGACAGGCACCUGAUGAGGUGAGAUCCAUGACGGGCGCUAAUGAUGACAAGUUGGAUGAGGAUUUGCCGCUAGAUAGGCAGUGGGUCCAGUCCAAGGGGGGAGAGUACUUCUUUUCGCCAUCGAUCGAAGCGCUUAAUGGUGUCCUUGCGGGUGUCGCCGCUCCAUAG